AAUGCGGUACGUCAUUGCGUAAUUUCCUGCGCACGCACCGGCAAAAUGGCUCCGACAGGAUACUUAUCCUUUGCGGUGGUUGUUUUAACGACUGUUAUAGGGUUUUAUACAGGAUUUGGGGCUUGCAAUAACGGCAGAAGGGGGCCCGACGGCGUGGAGUCGGAGCUCGCCGGGUUCUCCGUCACGCUGGAGCACUCCUUCGAAGUGGAUGACGUGCCCAGGUUUCGGACCCGUGGAACGAUCCAGCUGAAGGCCGGGAGAACGGAGAACAGCGUGGCUCUGUCUCAGAUGGAGCUGUCGGAGAAGGACAGGCGUUUACUCAAGGACGUAGCGGCUGUAGACGGUCUGUACAGGAUCCGAGUUCCCCGGGUGUUCCUGCAGACAGACAGACAGUCAGAGGGCUACCUGAGCGCCUUCGUCAGAGCCUGCUCGUUGGUGGAGUCGCACCUGAGUGAUGUCAUCACUCUGCACACCGACGUCAGCGGCUCCCUCAUCGGCGUCUCCAUAGUGACGGUGCCCGGGGCGUGUCGUGGGGCCGAGGUGGAGGACGACGUGGACUUGGAAACGUUCAACACCACCAUCAGCGUCAUGGUGCCGGUCAACGCUCCGGCCCCCGAUACGGCUCUGUUUAUCGAGCGCAUGGAGCAGGAACAGGACAAGAAAGGAAAACCCCAGGAGCAGAAAUCCUUCUUCGCCAAAUACUGGUAUUUGAUUGUGGGAGGUGCAGUGUUCCUCAUGGCCACCAGUUCAGCGCAGCCCCCAGCAGGGGCCGCCAGAGAGCAGAGCUGAUUCACACGGCCAAUGGAUGUACAUCGUCCCUCUCGUCCUCUUUCUGAUGAUGUCUGGAGCGCAAGACCAGUCUGGGGGCGGAGCAAGCGGCGGCGCAGCCAACGGCGGCGGCCGAUGAUUCCCAUGGCAACGGGGACUUCUCUUCUGCUGUUAUCGGUUUAUAAAAUUGUACAUAAUAACUUAAGAAAUGUUAAAUUAAUCUAAUGCAGAUUUCACAUGCUAAUGAACUAAGAUCACAUUGGAGGGGUUUAACAAAGUUUGUUUGUUUGUUUGUUUGUUUGUUUGUUUGUACUACUGAUUCAUUGAAUAAAACGAGCUGGAAAUGA